AUGCGGUGUCACCUGCCUUUAACCCAACCUAUGAAAACCAAGUAUUUCAGCCAUUUAACAGGUUUGGUAGAGGGGGCAGGGCAAGAAGUUCCUUUUGCCAACGAGCCGGAGGUAGAGCCUCCGGCCAGGCUAUGGGUGCAAGAGCAGGCCGGGGAACCCGGCCCUCAGCAUCUCAAUGAGGAUUCACAGGUAGGAGGGAGGCUGUACCACUUUCGACAUCGGUGGCGGUUCAGCAAUUGGGUACAAAGCAUAGUAUCCAGAGGCCUAGGCUGGAGUUGGAUCGAAGGUCCUCCUCCACCCAACACCUUCUAUCAGGAGCCAACACAGGAGUUGGUAGACUACUCCCAGGAACUUCUCCAAAAGGGAGCAGUGUUGAGAACGAGAAAUCUGAAGUUUCAAGGACGCUUGUUCAGUGUUCCAAAGAAAGGCACCGACAAGAGGCAGGUGAUCUUAGACUUGUCCCGUCUAAGCUUGUUCAUUUGCUGCGACAAGUUCAAAAUGCUGACCAUCUCUCAGGUGCGGACCUUACUUCCCCGUGGGGCUGUCACCACCUCUAUAGAUCUUACAGACACCUAUUAUCAUGUACUGAUAGCCCGGCACUUCCAUCCGUUCCUAGGCUUCAAGUUAGGGAAGGAAGCCUUCUCCUUCAAAGUAAUGCCCUUUGGGCUCAAUAUAGCCCCCAGGAUCUUUACGAAGCUAGCGGAGUCAGUGGUGCAAGAACUAAGGUCACAGGGUAUAAUGGUAGUAGCAUAUCUAGACGAUUGGCUACUAUGGGAGAUGGACGUGGAGAAAUGUAUAAAGGCUAUGGAAAAGGUAAUGCGUUUCCUGGAACAUCUGGGGUUCAAAAUCAACAGAGGCAAGUCCCGGCUGACCCCACAGUUACGGUUCCAGUGGUUGGGUAUCCAAUGGGACUUGGAUUCGCAUACUCUUUCCAUACCACCAGCAAAGAGGAAAGAGAUUGCCAAGGCAACCAGGCAAUUCUUGAGGUCCAAACAGAUGUCCAGGAGCAGCCAAGAGAGGAUCUUGGGCUCUCUUCAGUUUGCCUCAGUGACGGAUGUACUGCUGGAAGCCAAGCUCAAGGACAUCAAUCGAGUUUGGCGCUCAAAGCCAACGCCCCCCAGAUGCUUGAGCCUUGCCGAGGAUGGGGGGCUUAGGGUUCAGCAGCUGGGCCCUGAUGCCUGGUGGGAACUGCUUUCUCGCUAG